AUUUUUUAAAAAUUUAAUUUAUACUCGUGUAAUACAUUAUACAGUAAUUAAUAAAACAUGGUCAACUUAGAAUAUGAGAUUGCAAAAACUUGUUUUUGCAAUUAAAAGAGAACUAGGAUAGUAUAAGAAAGAACUGAAAAAGGCUGGAUCAAAGGUGGAGAAGGAAUGGUGAGCCUAAUUUUUAUCCUGUCCCAAACUUGCAUUUUCUUGGGUUGCUUUGCUGCGUUCGCCUUGUACAAGUUCACCACCUCCGAUGGAGAUUUCACUUUAAUCUCAAAAGGGGCUGUGAAGCGUGACGAAAUAGAAGACAAGGUUAUUUGGAUUACUGGAGCAAGUCGUGGUAUAGGGGAGGUCCUAUCAAAGCAACUUGCCAGCUUAGGGGCAAAAAUCAUUUUAUCUGCACGAAAUGAGGCUGAACUACAGCGUGUGAGGCAGCAACUUUCUGGAAAACAUGCACCGAAUAAAGUGGAAGUUUUACCCCUAGAUUUGACAGCCAGUGAAGAUGUUCUUAGGAAGGCUGUAGAGAAAGCUGAGUCUUUAUUUGAUGGAUCGGGUGUGGAUUAUAUGUUCCAUAAUGCAGCUUAUGAACGUCCUAAAUCAACAGCGCUGGAUGUCACAGCAGAAAGUCUCAAGGCCACUUUUGAUGUGAAUGUUCUUGGCCCAAUAUCUUUGACUCAAUUGUUGGCGCCAUACAUGCUGAAGCGGGGAAGAGGACAUUUUGUUGUGAUGAGCAGUGCUGCUGGAAAGGCUCCUGCACCAGGCCAAGCAGUGUACUCAGCUUCCAAAUUUGCAUUAAAUGGAUACUUUCACACGUUGCGUUCUGAGCUUUGUACGAAAGGGAUUAAGGUUACAAUAGUUUGCCCGGGACCUGUAAAAACAUCAGAGAUUCCUGAAGCAAGCAUCUCAAGAGUAGGGGGUGCCACUGAGAAGCGUGUCUCCUCUGAACGGUGUGCAGAACUGACCAUAAUUGCUGCCAGCCAUGGUCUCAAGGAAGCCUGGAUAUCAUAUCAGCCUGUGCUUGCUGUAAUGUACUUAGUACAGUAUGUGCCAACAAUUGGAUACUGGCUUAUGGACAAGAUUGGAGCAAAGCGUGUACAAGCUGCAGCCCAGAAAGGCAACACCUACUCUUUGGGUUUACUUUUUAACAAAGAGAAGGCGCAUUGAACCAGUUUAUUUAUUUAUUUACUACAGAGUUUUCAAGCACAUGCGAAUCUGUGAAUUUGUGAUAGAUAAUAAACGAGAAUCAAUGUUCAAUGUCAAUGUGUAUAAUUUUUGUUACGAAAAGUUCAUCUCAAUAACAUUUGUGUACUUCCUCCGGUCCUUAAUGAAGUUUACACUUUGACUUCACACAUAUUAAGGAAAUAAAUUUGACUUUACUGUAGAAUACACUGUUUGACACUGUUUGGCACUGUUUGAUACUGUUUGACAUUGUUUUGCAUUGUUUGGUGUAGAUUUGUUUGCCAAAUAAGGUAAAUAAGGAAGUGUAAAGUUUAAUAUGGGACGACUCAAAAAGGAAAGUGUAAAGUUAAUUAAUGACCGGAGGGAGUAUUAGAUUACUUGUAUUAGACUUCCAAUUCUAAUUGUAUGUGUAACGAGAUCUUUAUGUAAAAAUUCAUUACAUAAAUCAUGAAUGGUAACUUCAGCAACAUGAGUAUUAAUAUCAAUUAAACCAUCAUCUUAAG